UGCCCGCCGAGGACCCCCCAGCCCCUCCAGGAUGAACUCUACUUACGAGCCAGCGCCGGGCGAGGACCCCGAGGAGCUGCCGGCCACCGAGAAGGACCUUGCGGAGGACGCGCCCUGGAAGAAGAUCCAGCAGAACACGUUCACGCGCUGGUGCAAUGAGCACCUCAAGUGUGUGCAGAAGCGCAUCGUGGACCUGCAGCGCGACCUGAGCGACGGGCUGCGCCUCAUCGCGCUGCUCGAGGUGCUCAGCCAGAAGAAGAUGGGGCGCAAGCACCACCCGCGCCCCAACUUCCGCCAGAUGAAGCUGGAGAACGUCUCGGUGGCCCUCGAGUUCCUGGAGCGGGAGCACAUCAAGCUGGUGUCCAUCGACAGCAAGGCGAUCGUGGACGGGAACCUGAAGCUGAUCCUGGGGCUGAUCUGGACCCUCAUCCUGCACUAUUCCAUCUCCAUGCCCAUGUGGGAGGAGGAAGAGGAUGACGAAGGCCGCCACCAGACCCCCAAGCAGCGGCUGCUGGGCUGGAUCCAGAACAAGGUGCCGCAGCUGCCCAUCACCAACUUCAACCGCGACUGGCGCGACGGGAAAGCGCUGGGAGCGCUGGUGGACAACUGCGCCCCGGGGACCCCCCAAAGUCCUACCAGGCUCACCCACCCACGCUCAGGAGACCACUCUGGGGGCCCCAAGUGCUGGGGGGCUGUGGGGUGCCAGGGUGCUGUGGGCUGCUGGGCCCCCCCUGACCGCCCCCACCCCGCAGGGGACCCCGCAGGUAUCGAGCCCCAGGGCAAUGUGGUGCUGCGCCCUGCCCAGUUCACCGUGGAGACCCUCGAGGCGGGGAUGGGCGAGGUCCUGGUCUAUGUUGAGGACCCCGAGGGACACACUGAGGAGGCCAAGGUGGUCCCCAACAAUGACAAGAAGCGAACGUACAGCGUCACCUACGUCCCCAAGGUCGGGGGGCUGCACAAGGUGACGGUGCUGUUCGCGGGGCAGAACAUCGACGGGAGCCCCUUUGGGGUCAACGUGGGCAUGGCCCUGGGUGACGCCAGCAAGGUGACCGCGCGCGGCCCUGGCCUGGAGCCCGUGGGCAACGUGGCCAACAAGCCCACCUACUUCGACAUCUACACUGCAGGGGCUGGCCCGGGCGACGUGGGGGUGGUGAUCACGGACCCCCAGGGCCGGCGGGACACGGUGGAGGUGAUGCUGGAGGACAAGGGGGACAACGUGUUCCGCUGCACCUACCGGCCUGUCCUCGAGGGGCCACACAGCAUCUGUGUCACCUACGCUGGCACCCAGGUCCCCAGGAGCCCCUUCACUGUCAACGUGGCUGAGGCCUGCACGCCCUCGGCGGUGCGGGCCACGGGCGGGGGGGGCCAUCUCCGAUGCAGGUGUCCCCCUGGGGUGGGGGUUCUGGGGAAUUUGGGGGGGCGUGUGUGGCGUAGCAGCCCUCCCUCAUCGCCCCCAGCCAAUCUGAGGGGCAGGUCCCGGGGGUGUAUGAGGGAGUGGGGGUGUACAGGUGUGUUACAGCCCCCCUCACACCUGCCUGUCGCCCCCAGCCCAUUUGAGGUGCAGGUGUCCCCCCAGCCGGGGGCACAGAAGGUCCGGGCCUGGGGGCCGGGGCUCGAGGGCGGGGUCGUGGGGCGCCCUGCAGACUUCGUGGUGGAGGCUGUCGGCACUGAAGUGGGGACCCUUGGGUUCUCCAUCGAGGGCCCGUCGCAGGCGCGCAUCGAGUGCGACGACAAGGGCGACGGCUCGUGCGAUGUGCGCUACUGGCCCACGGAGCCGGGGCUCUACGCCGUGCACGUGGUCUGUGACGACGAGGACAUCCGCGACAGCCCCUUCAUGGCUGACAUCCGCCCCGCGCCCCCCGACUCCUGGCCCGACAAGGUGAAGGCCUUCGGGCCAGGGCUGGAGCCCACUGGCUGCAUCGUGGAUCGCCCGGCCGAGUUCACCAUUGACGCCCGUGCUGCCGGCAAGGGGCCCCUCAAGCUCUAUGCACAGGAUGCCGAGGGCUGCCCCAUUGACAUCAAGGUGAAGGACAAUGGUGACGGCACCUUCCACUGCGUCUACGUCCCCACCAAGGCCAUGAAGCACACCGUCAUCGUCGCCUGGGGGGGCGUCAACACCCCCAACAGCCCCUUCCGUGUGAGCGUGGGUGAGGGCAGCCACCCCAGCAGGGUGAAGGUGCAUGGGCCAGGUGUGGAGAAGACGGGGCUGAAGGCCAACGAGCCCACCUACUUCACCGUGGACUGCAGCGAGGCUGGACAGGGUGACGUCAGCAUUGGCAUCAAGUGCGCCCCAGGAGUGGUGGGGCCGCUCGAGGCCGACAUUGACUUCGACAUCAUCAAGAACGACAACGACACCUUCACAGUCAAGUACACGCCACCGGGCGCGGGGCUCUACACCAUCAUGGUGCUCUUUGCCAACCAGGAGAUCCCCUCCAGCCCCUUCCGCAUCAAGGUGGAUCCGUCCCAUGACGCCACCAAGGUCAAAGCCGAGGGACCUGGGCUCAGCCGGACAGGGGUGGAGGUGGGGACCCCCACCCAUUUCCGCGUGCAGACGCGGGGCGCGGGGAAGGCGCCCCUGGACGUGCGGUUUGUGGGGACGGGGCCCGGCCCAGCCGUGGCCGACUUCGAGGUCAUCGACAAUCACGACUAUUCCUACACUGUCAAGUACACCCCGCUGCAGCAGCAUCCCCUCCCCUCUGAACAUCCCCCCAUCGCCGUGGACACCCCAGCUCUGUGGGCACCCCCUCGGGGCAGCUGCAGCCUCACGUGUGUGCCUGUCAACCCAGGGCACCCCCACAUCCAUGGGUUCCCCCCAUCCCUGGGACUUCGCCCUCCCCAGCAGCCGUGGGUGACCCCCCCGCCCCCCCAGCCCUGUGGUACCCCCGUGGAACCCCCAGCACCCCCUGUGCCCCACACUGAGGCGGAGGUGGGGCAGGUGCAGGAGUUCCAUGUGGAGGCACAGGGUGCAGGAGGCCAGGGGCAGCUGGAGGUGAAGGUGACAGGCCCCUCGCGGCGCCCCGUGCCCUGCACGGUGGGACCUGCGCCCCCCGGGGGCCCCCACCCCGUCACCUUCUCUGGGGAAACAAUACCCUGGAUGCUGUGGGACACCCCUCUGACCCCCCACUCCCCUGCAGAGGCGGAGGUGGGGCAGGUGCAGGAGUUCCAUGUGGAGGCACAGGGUGCAGGAGGCCAGGGGCAGCUGGAGGUGAAGGUGACAGGCCCCUCGCGGCGCCCCGUGCCCUGCACGGUGGGACCUGCGCCCCCCGGGGGCCCCCACCCCGUCACCUUCACGCCCACCGAGGAGGGGCCCCACCGUGUCGAGGUCACCUACGAUGGGCACCCGGUUCCAGGCAGCCCCUUCCCUGUGGAGGCUCUGCUGCCCCCUGACCCCUCCAAGGUGGUGGCCUCGGGGCCGGGGCUGAAGGGCGGCCGUGUCGGGGUGCCAGCACCCUUCUCCAUCGCCACGCAGGGCGCGGGCAGUGGGGGGCUGGGGCUGACGGUGGAGGGGCCGUGCGAGGCCAAGAUCGAGUGCCAGGACAACGGGGACGGUUCCUGCGCCGUGUCCUACCUGCCCACGGCGCCCGGCGAGUACCACAUCAACAUCCUGUUCGCCGGGCGCCACAUCCCGGGCAGCCCCUUCACGGCCGCGGUCACCGCGCCCUUCGACCCGGCCAAGGUGACGGCGUCGGGGCCGGGGCUGGAGCGCGGCCGCGCCGGCGAGGCGGCCGCCUUCUCGGUGGACUGCUCGCAGGCCGGCGAGGCCGAGCUCACCAUCGAGAUCCGCUCCGAGAGCGGCAUCAAGGCCGAGGUGCUGGUGCAGAACAACCGCGACGGCACCUACGCCAUCACCUACACCCCGGCGUGCGCCGGCGCCUACACCAUCACCAUCAACUACGGCGGGCUGCCCGUGCCCAACUGCCCCGUGCGCGUCACCGUGGACCCGGCCGUGGACACCAGCAGCGUCAAGGUCUACGGCAAGGGCGUGGAGCCUCGAGGGGUGCUGCGGGAGGUGGGCACCGAGUUCACGGUGGACGCGCGGGCGCUGGCCCCCACCGGGGGUCCCCACGUGCGGGCGCGGGUGCUGAACCCCGCGGGGACCCCCAUCGACACCUUCGUCACCGACCUGGGCGACGGCACCUACCGCGUGGAGUACACGCCCUUCGAGGAGGGGCUGCACCUGGUGGAGGUGACCUACGACGAGGUGGCGGUCCCCAAGAGCCCGUUCCGCGUGGGGGUGGCCGAGGGCUGUGACCCCACGCGCGUCCGGGCGCACGGCCCCGGCCUGGAGGGCGGCCUGGUGGGCACGGCCAACCACUUCACUGUGGAGACCAGGGGCGCGGGCACCGGCGGGCUGGGCCUGGCCAUCGAGGGUCCCUCGGAGGCGAAGAUGUCCUGCAAGGACAACAAGGACGGGAGCUGCGCCGUGGAGUACGUCCCCUUCACGCCGGGUGACUACGACGUCAACAUCACCUUCGGCGGCCACCCCAUCCCCGGGAGCCCGUUCCGGGUGCGGGUGCGGGAUGCUGUGGAUGCCUCCAAGGUGACGUGCUCGGGGCCAGGGCUGGGCCCCAGUGUCCGUGCACGGCUGCCCCAGAGCUUCACCGUGGACGUCAGUGCCGCGGGGCGUGCAGCGCUGGAGGUGACGCUACUGGGGCCCACAGGGCUGCCGGAGCCGGUGGAGAUCCGAGACAACGGCGAUGGCACCCACAAGGUCACCUACACGCCCGCCACCGACGGGCCCUACACCGUGUCCGUCAAGUACGGGGGGCAGGAGGUGCCGCGCAGCCCCUUCAAGGUGACGGCGCUGCCCACGCACGACGCCAGCAAGGUGCGGGCGAGCGGCCCCGGGCUGAGCGCGGGCGGGAUCCCCGCCAGCCUCCCCGUGGAGUUCACCAUCGACGCCCGCGACGCCGGCGAGGGGCUGCUCACCGUGCAGAUCCUGGACCCCGAGGGGCAGCCCAAGAAGGCGUCGAUCCGGGACAACGGGGACGGCACCUACACGGUGUCCUACGUGCCCGACGUGCCGGGGCGCUACACCAGCACCGUCAAGUACGGCGGCGACGAGAUCCCCGCCUCGCCCUUCCGCAUCCCCGCCUCGCCCUUCCGCGUGCUCGCCGUGCCCUCCGGCGACGCCAGCAAGUGCCUUGUCACAGUAUCCAUUGGGGGCCAUGGACUGGGUGCCUGCCUGGGCCCCACCAUCCAGAUCGGGGAGGAGACGGUGAUCACGGUGGACGCAAAGGCGGCGGGACAGGGCAAGGUCACCUGCAAGGUGUCGACGCCCGAUGGAGCUGAGCUGGAUGUGGACGUGGUGGAAAACCACGACGGCACUUUUGACAUCUUCUACACCGCGCCCGAGCCCGGCAAAUACGUCAUCACCAUCCGCUUCGGGGGGGAGCACGUCCCCAACAGCCCCUUCCAUGUCAUGGCCACAGAGGAGCCCCCGGCCACUGUCGAGAACCUGCGGCCCUUCAACCUCGUCAUCCCCUUCACGGUGCAGAAGGGCGAGAUCACAGGAGAGGUGCGGAUGCCCUCGGGGAAGACGGCGCGGCCCAACAUCACGGACAACAAGGACGGGACGGUGACAGUGCACUACGCCCCCUCCGAGAAGGGGCUGCACGAGAUGGACAUUCGCUACGAUGGCAACCACAUCCCUGGGAGUCCCCUCCAGUUCUACGUGGAUGCCAUCAACCCACGCCACGUCAGUGCCUAUGGGCCUGGGCUGAGCCAUGGCAUGGUCAACAAGCCAUGCACCUUCACCAUUGUCACCAAGGAUGCCGGUGAGGGUGGGCUGUCACUAGCGGUCGAAGGUCCCUCCAAGGCGGAGAUCACCUGCCAGGACAACAAGGACGGAACGUGCACCGUGUCCUACCUGCCCACAGCGCCUGGCGACUACAGCAUCAUCGUGCGCUUCGAUGACAAGCACAUCCCCGGCAGCCCCUUCACUGCCAAGAUCACUGGGGAUGACUCCAUGCGCACGUCCCAGCUCAACGUGGGCACCUCGACUGACGUGUCCCUGAAGAUCGCGGAGACAGACCUGAGCCUGCUGGCGGCCACCAUCCGCGCACCCUCGGGCAACGAGGAGCCCUGCCUGCUCAAGAGGCUGCCCAACCGCCACAUCGGCAUCUCAUUCACACCCAAGGAGGUGGGCGAGCACGUGGUGAGCGUGAGGAAGAGUGGGCAGCAUGUCACCAACAGCCCCUUCAAGAUCCUGGUGGGACAGUCAGAGAUCGGUGAUGCCGGCCGGGUCAAGGUGUGGGGCCAGGGGCUCCUGGAGGGCCACACAUUUGAGGUGGCCGAGUUCAUCGUGGACACACGCAGCGCUGGUUACGGCGGGCUGGGCCUGUCCAUUGAGGGCCCCAGCAAGGUGGACAUUAACUGUGAGGACAUGGAGGAUGGCACCUGCAAAGUCACCUACUGCCCCACCGAGCCCGGCAACUACAUCAUCAACAUCAAGUUUGCUGACAAGCAUGUCCCAGGGAGCCCCUUCACGGUGAAGGUGACGGGCGAGGGGCGGAUGAAGGAGAGCAUCACGCGCCGGCGGCAGGCGCCCUCCAUCGCCACUGUGGGCAGCACCUGUGACCUCAACCUCAAGAUCCCAGGGAACUGGUUCCAGAUGGUGUCGGCGCAGGAGCGGCUGACGCGCACGUUCACGCGCAGCAGCCACACGUACACGCGCACGGAGCGCACCGAGAUCAGCAAGACGCGCGGCGGCGAGACCACGCGCGAGGUGCACGUGGAGGAGUCGACCCGCGUGGGGGGCGCCUUCCCCCGGGCCCCCCCGGAGCCCUUCGGGGCCUUUGGGGCCUUCGGGACCCGCGAGGGCAUCGGCGCCUUCGCAGCCCCUGCGCGCACACACGAGGGCGAGGCGUCGGCGCAGGAGCUGUCGGCGCAGGUGCUGAGCCCGUCGGGGCAGCGGCGCGAAGCCGAGGUGGUGCCGGGGGGCGCGGGGGUGUACAGCGUGCGCUUCGUGCCCCAGGAGACGGGCGCCCACACCGUCAGCGUCAAGUUCCGGGGCCAGCACGUGCCCGGGAGCCCCUUCCAGUUCACGGUGGGGCCGCUGGGCGAGGGUGGCGCCCACAAGGUGCGGGCGGGGGGCACCGGGCUGCAGCGCGCUGUGGCUGGCACGCCAGCUGAGUUCAGCAUCUGGACGCGUGAGGCGGGCGCGGGGGGACUCUCCAUUGCUGUCGAGGGGCCCAGCAAGGCCGAGAUCUCCUUUGAGGACCGCAAGGACGGCUCCUGUGGUGUCUCCUACCUGGUGCAGGAGCCAGGUGACUACGAGGUGUCCAUCAAGUUCAACGAGGAGCACAUCCCUGACAGUCCCUUUAUCGUCCCCGUCGCCUCCCACUCCGAUGACGCCCGCCGCCUCACGGUCACCAGCCUGCAGGAGACAGUGGCAGUGAACCAGCCAGCGUCCUUCGCCGUGCAGCUGAACGGGGCGCGGGGCGUCAUCGACGCCAAGGUGCACACACCUGCAGGGGUGGUGGAGGAGUGCUACGUGUCCGAGCUGGACAGCGACCGGUACGCGCUGGGGUUCCUGCCCCGCGAGAACGGAGUCCACUCCAUCGACCUGCGCUUCAACGGGCGCCACGUGCCCGGGAGCCCCUUCAACAUCCGCGUGGGCGAGCAGAGCCAGGCCGGGGACCCGGGGCUCGUCACCGCCUUCGGGCCCGGCCUCGAGGGCGGCCGCACAGGGGUGCCCUCCGAGUUCCUGGUGCAGACAGCCAACGCAGGAGCGGGAGCACUGGCUGUCACCAUCGAUGGCCCCUCCAAAGUGGAGCUGGACUGUACUGAGGUCCCCGAGGGCCACCGCGUCACCUACACCCCGAUGGCCCCUGGCAACUACCUCAUCUCCAUCAAGUAUGGGGGCCCCCACCACAUCGUGGGGAGCCCCUUCAAGGCCAAGGUCACUGGCCCACGGCUGUCGGGUGGGCACAGUCUGCAUGAGACCUCGACAGUGAUGGUGGAGCCGGUGGUGAGGGCAGGGUCACGGGGGCCCCCCGCCUUUGGGGGGGUCACCAAGGCCCCGUCGGACGCCGGGCAGGUGGUGGCACGGGGGCCAGGGCUGACAGCUGCCCGCCUGGGCCACAAGAACCACUUCACCGUAGACUGCAGCAAGGCCGGCACAAACAUGCUGCUGGUGGGAGUGCACGGCCCCAAGGCGCCGUGCGAGGAGGUGCACGUGAAGCACGAGGGGAACCGCGUGUACACGGUGACCUACAGCGUGCGGGAGCGCGGCGAGUACGUGCUGCUGCUGCGCUGGGGCGACCGCGACGUGCCGGGCAGCCCGUUCCGCGUUACCGCCGCCUGAGAGCCGCCGCAACGGGCCGGGCUGCAAUAAAGCGCUGGGAGA